AUGAACAUGUCAGAACGCAUAUCCAGUUCGUGUGAUGGCGGUUAUAAAAAAAAUAAAAGUGUGUGCGAAUCAGAUAGUGAUAGUGAAAAUGAAAUUGAUGUGAUUUGUGAAAAUAGUGAAUCUAGUGUUGAUGGUCAAUCCGACGGUUUUAGUCAUCCAACUAGGGGAAAUGUUUAUGAAAAAUUAUUUAAUAAAGACUACGUCUUAUCUAGUCAUGAUUUGCAUAAAAACUCUUUGCUUACACACAACAAAAGUAAAACCUUUUUAAUAGAUAAUAUUUUAGGUAAUUUUAAAAAUAAGCCAAAUGAUAGAGCUGAAAAUAAUCUAGAAGGUGGCGAUGAACACAAUGUAUCAUCAACGUCAACGUGUGCAGAACUAGGUGUGCUGAACGGAGCAGAAAUUCUAGCUGGCCAUGCCUACGCCCACUGGCUGGCGACAAGGCAGACAUCAUCAAACUUCUAUGAUGACAAAGGCAAUCGAAGAUCGCGUCGAUCGGGACCCGAAAGAAAGCCGCGUCAAGCAUACAGUGCAAAACAAUUGGAAAGACUGGAAGCUGAGUUUAAACUAGACAAGUAUUUGAGUGUAUCAAAACGUAUGGAACUGUCAAAGGCACUAGAUCUAACAGAGGUACAAAUAAAAACGUGGUUUCAAAAUCGUAGAACUAAGUGGAAAAAGCAAUUAACAUCUCGCUUGAAGAUCGCGCAACGGCAGGGCUUGUUUCCGGGACAUAUCUUGGGACACACUCCACAAACAUACUCCCUUUUGAGUCCUUACGUCUACCAACCACUAAGUUGUGUGUUCACACCUGUAACGCUACCAUCUUCGCCUCCAUAA